UUACUUGAGAAAGGGGUCUGAAUAACCCUUCCUCUCCCACCACACAGGCAAAUGGAGAACCAGGCAGAUGGCAGAGAGGAGGGGAUGCUGAGAGGCAGACCCGUUGAACUAACAAUGAGUAAUCUAUGAUAUUCUGUGGUUAUGAGCACAUGUGUCGCAACAACAUUUAGCUUGGUAAUGUUUAAAUAAAUUGCUCUUCCGGGGUGUGACGCCUCGGCUCUCAAAACGAGGCCACUCUCCAGCUAGCUGCCUGCUUUGUUGUCCGUUCUCAGCCCGUUGUCAGGAACGCAACAGUGGUUGCUAGGGUAAGGACCCCUGCUUGCUUGCGGCCCACCAAAUAGCCAGUUUUUACUUUUGUUUUACACUUUUUGUUAUUGCUUUAAACAACCGUUAGUUGUUACAAUAUGCAACUAGUAAAUACGUAAAUAAAAGGCCACGAGUAUAAUUGAGCGGAAGGUGAUAUCUAACUAUAUAUUUUGCUACUUUUGUGAAACGGCAGCUCGCUACUUCCUCUCGAGCGUGAAUCACUUUUGUUGUCACCAUUUCCAAAAAGUAGCGUAGCUGUGCAAAGUUAAGUUCACACUAGUAUGUACACUAGGCUGCUAGCUCGGUCAAGGUGUGUACAAGUACACACGUAUCCUGUGCUCACGCGGGAGGAAUGAAACAGCCGCUCGUCCGCUGUCCGACCCGGGAGAAUUUACGGUGCGACGUGUUAACCUCCUUCCGUUAACCGUCGACAUGAACUCCUAUCACGUCUUGGAGGUGGUGGGAGAGGGCUCAUUUGGUCGAGUUUACAAGGGAAGGAAGAGAUAUACUGGCCAGGUGGUGGCUCUGAAGUUCAUGCCGAAGGUGGGUCGUUCUGAAAAGGAGCUGCGCAGUCUCAAAACCGAGAUUGCGAUCAUGAGGGGUCUUCAACAUCCACAUAUUGUUCAACUCUUUGACAGUUUCGAGACUGAAACUGAGGUUGUGGUUGUAACCGAGUAUGCAGAAGGUCAGUUGUUUCAGAUUCUUGAGGAUGAUGGACAUUUACCAGAGAGGCAGGUCCACGAGAUUGCCUGCCAGCUGGUCUCAGCUCUGUAUUAUUUACACUCCCAUCGCAUUCUUCAUCGUGACAUGAAACCACAAAAUAUCCUGUUGGGGAAAAGUGGGGUGGUGAAACUGUGUGACUUUGGGUUUGCUCGGUCCAUGAGUGUCUCCACCAUGGUGCUGACCUCCAUCAAGGGAACGCCACUGUACAUGUCUCCUGAGCUGGUGGAGGAGAAGCCAUAUGACCACACUGCUGAUCUCUGGUCUCUAGGUUGCAUCCUCUAUGAACUCCACACGGGGGCGCCUCCCUUCUACACCAACUCCAUUUUCCACCUGGUGCAGCUUAUAGUGAGGGACCCAGUCAAAUGGCCAGACACGAUGAGCGACACCUGCACGAGUUUCCUGAAGGGUUUAUUGACCAAAGACCCUCAGAAGCGUUUGUCAUGGCCGGAUCUCCUGCAUCAUCCCUUUGUUGCUGACGGUGUUUUAGUGUUGUCAGACACGGGCUUGUUCAGCCCUCUGACGGUCACACCCAGCCCAGACAUGAUGGCCCUGAAACUUCAGCAAGUGGCGGCAAAGACGGUACCGACGACUAGAGGGAUCGGAUUACUGCGGAAGGCCACGGAACAGAUGAACAAUGGAAAUAGAGGGAACCCAGUAGGCGGUGACGAUGUGAAAAAAGAGAUGGAUGGAGUGGAAAAUGAAAGGGUCAACUAUGCAAUGGCGGCAGCAGCAUCCCCGAGAGCCAAGCCGUCCAGUGUUGCCGCUGCUACCUCGGGUCACUCGGUGACGACGGCUGCCAAUCAAAGCCUACCCCCAAAGAGUCACGCCUGUGUGAAAUCAAAACACAGAGGUCAGAUUAGCCGGGACUAUGAACAGGAAUUUCCCUCCGUCGAGGUUGGGCCGCGACUCGUGCAGAGAGGCAACGCAGACAGCCGGACCGCAGUGAACAGGCUGGAUGUUGACUGUGAGGACUAUUGGGAGAAACUGGCCCAAGAAUCUGAUCCAAGCAGGCAGCAGAAUGAAUUAUUAAAUUACAGUGCAGUUCUACCUCAACUUAAAUCCAAGAUCCUAGCAUUUAAAGCUCAGCUGACAGGUGGCGUUGUGAAAGAAGCGUGGCGGAUUCACCUCCCGCUGAAGGUCUUGCGCAACCUGAUUCUGACCUCUGACCUUGAGAAGUCACAUCCUAUUGGUCAUGAACUUGGACUACCCCGUGUCCUCUUUGACCUCGUCCAUGAGGCCAUCGGCAACUCAAAUUUCAUCACGCAACCGUGGAGUCUCCCGGCAUACGGAGAAAUGAUUGUUGUGCUUUUGAUCUACUGGGAGAAGCACUGUGACUGGGUGGAAGAAGAGCACAGUCUAGACGAGUUCCCCAAGCCUUUCAUCACAAUUCUCAGUCAACCAACCCUCCUUCCUUUGGUGCCUCUGGCUGCGUGUGUUUUAUCUCUGUUAACUCAACACGACGUCCAUGUCAAAGUGGAGAUGGACACUCUGACAUCCUUGCUGAAAGAAAUGCUUUUGGACUCGUAUGAGCCCCAACGGUCUCUUCCUCCUGGCUUUGGACUCUGUGACGGCCUCCUGUCUUUAGUCCUGCACACCCUCUAUGAGCAUGAAAACAGCUCUGGAUCUUCAUGUUUGGAUCCAGCAAUGUUUCUGGAUCUAUGGAAAACAAUUGGCAAUUCACUAGCAAGGACAACACCAGACCCAGACUUCUGUUCGACGAAUGGGCUUCAUUCCUUUCUGUCUACUGCACUGUUUGUCUUCACCAAGGAUCCGUACUCGUGCCCGGCUCUGUUUUCUGAGCAUGAAUCAAAAUGUGUCUUCACUCUGGGCCAACUGCUGGACACUGACAGUCUUCACUCGACUGCUGGAGGCGAUCCCGGGAGACCGGAGGGGGACGUGACUCACGGCAGUCUGUCUGUGUUGAGCUGCAACUUGUUGUGCUUUCCCUUUGCUCUGGACGUGCCUUCAGGCGCCAUGUCCACCAUUUUACAGAUGUACGACAGUUGUGGAAUAGUUUCACGCCUCCUGACGGUGAUUCAAACUCUUCCUCCUCCGAUGUUAGAGCUGCCGCUCAUCCUGAUGAGCCGUUUGCUCCUGUGUGACCCCGAGCGCUCGGUUUCCCGCCUCGGAGAAGCCGCUUGUGGUUUUUUCGCACCGCCGAGCGUCGGCCGGCUCGCCGCCUCGAAACACCGAAAUGCAAGCUCCCUGCUCUCUGACUUUCUGCAGCUGGAUGCGCUGUGGGAUUCUGCCGUGGAGCUCUUAACCCUGUUGUCCCAAGUAGCCCGCUGUUGCCCUCGGCCAGCCCACCUCCGGCUUUACGUGGGAGCCCCAGCGCUGCACCAGGCCCUGGCUCACUCUUCUGAGCAGAUCCGGGCUGCCGCGUGCAGACUUCUUGGACAUUUGGAUCCAUUCGGGCCUCCUUGGCUUGACACCUUGCAACCGGACAUGUUCAAAAGCUUAACGAACUGUCUUCAUGACUCCUGCAUCCCUGUCCGCCGGUUGGCUUGCAGGGCAGUUGGGAACUGGUUGGGGUAUAUUGCACGAGGGGCCAGGUUUAAAAUGGGUUGCUCCGAUGCAAAGGGCAUGGAUGCCCCAGGAUGCGGCAAAGGGAAGGCACACAACGAGGCAGCAGGAGAGUUGGCUACUAUUCUAGAACAGGGGUUUGACGAUGAGGAGGGGCGCAGGUGGACCGAGGAAGCCAGGCAGACGGCGGUCAUGCUGACGUCUCUGAUUGCUGACCCCGAUGCCCCCACUCGCCGUUACUGUUGUGCGGCUCUGGGAAACCUGGUCCAUGUUGAUGGAGCUGUAUCCCUGUUGGUGGAGGAAGACACGGCCGGCUCGCUUCUGAGAGCUGCGUGCAUGGAUUCCUAUAAUUCAGUGAGACAAGCUGCCAUGGCAACCCUGCGCCUGUACAGCCAGCAGGACGCACUCCGUCAGGUCCUGAGAUCCCUCGAUGCCCCUCUGAAACUUCUUCAGGCUUCACAACAUGCACCUCAAUCACAAUGUGACUAUCAGCAGCUCAUCCAACAGCUGUGAGUGAGUCCAGUUGAAUGACAGCAGAUUUAAAUGUCAUGUGUAAAUAUGUCUUCUCUUUCCUUAAAUUACAAAAGUCCUUCCUCCUGGUUCUUGAGCAGUUUGGCAGAAGACAACAAAUCCCUUUUUAUUCUUUUUUAUUUAAAGAUUAGUGACCUUCAUCAGAUCUUUGUUGGCACAGCAGAAAUGUGUGUUGAAAUAAAACUAAAAUGUGUUGUUCCUGUUA